UGAUCAAAAUGGCUGAAUUUCGCCGCCUGUUUGAAAUCGCUUGAUGUUGUUGUUGCGUUGCAUGAAUGGGUCUACAAUUGAUGUAUGGACUUAUAGCCCUAACGUUUGCAAAAGAUUUUAGUUAAAGCGACAAGAUGUGUCGGACGUGAGACUAAAAACGCUUUUGAAUCGUUGGACGAGGGAAUAAGUUUGCUUGAGAAAUGACGUCCCCGUGUCACAGUCAAAGUAACAGAGUGUGUCUGUUCUGUCGGAGCGCAUCUGUUGACGAGAUUGAUCUCGGGAAAAUACACGAGAAAGUUGAUGUGACUGUGCAUUAUUUUUGUAUGUUGUUGUCCAGUGGACUGACUCAGAAUACAAGAGUAUCUGACAAAAAAAGCAUUCUGGGAUUUACAUUAUCAGACAUCAGAAAAGAAGCUUUAAGAGGCAGGAGGCUGAAAUGUUGUUUUUGUAAAUCAAAGGGAGCUACAAUAGGUUGCUGCGUCAAAACUUGUAAAAAAGCAUUCCAUCUCACUUGCGGAAGACAGAAUGGCACGAUGCAUCAUUUCUUCAAUGACUUCAGAUCCUACUGCGGUGAUCAUAUAGAACAACAGAACUUUGCUGUGAGAAAGAGUGGCAAAAAAAGCUGUAUAAUUUGUCUAGGUGCCUUAUCAACUUUGCAAGCACCUGAUACUCUCUCGUCGCCUUGCUGUAAAGCUGCAUCGUUUCAUCGACGGUGCAUACAGCAAUAUGCUUUGUCAGCGGGAAUGCAUUUUUUCAAAUGCCCAAUGUGCAAUGCUGUUAAAGAGUUUCAAGCAGAGAUGAUGAAAUUUGGCAUCUACAUUCCUGAUCAAGAUGCAUCGUGGGAAAAGGAGCCAAAUGCCUUCCAAGAACUUUUGGAGAGGCAUGACACUUGUGAUGCUGAAUCUUGCCUUUGCCCCAGAGGCAGGCAGCACAGUGAAAGUGUCGGUCAAUACAUGCUUUCCCUAUGUCAGAACUGUGGGUCAUUUGGUUCCCACAAAGCCUGUGGGGCUUUGGUGAGGAAGUACAAGAACCUUGUGUGUCCGCCUUGCUCAGAGAUUUUGGAAGAAUCUGAGAAAAAACGUCGCUCAGAAGGAGUCAAAUCGAUUUCCAAAGUGGUUAAGAAGAGCGCUGUACAGAGGGUGCGCAAGCGUGACAGCAGGGCUCUAAACUCACAGUUUGACAGAGGUUACAGAGCGCCUGAGGUCUUUGAGACGUCGUCAGUCAAGGAUAUACUACUAUUAGCUCGUGUGAACCUAAAUUGGGAGAGCAUGAUAAAUCGGUGUGUGUUGCAGUGUACAAAGAUUGACCAAGAACUUCCUUUAACCAAUGGAAAAAUCAAUGUCAGCCAGCUACAACUGGACACUCUUGGGCAGUGUGUUCAGUGUGUCGGAGGCAGUGAUGAUUUUCAGAGAGGGGAAGAUGACCCUAUGUGUCAAAGUGCCAAGAAAUCAGCUGGUGUACACACUGUUAAGAGAUUUACCAAACUUCAAUCUGUGCCAAGGGACUGUUCAAAUAUAUUGGAAAUUCGGUAUGUUUGUAAUUUAAGGGGGACAUUUUUUGGUGAUGGUUUGGACAAGGAAUCAGAUAAGGAAAACAUCAUGCUCUUUGGGCCGGAGCUGGAGCCAGUUUCUUGAUAUGUCCUUGCACAUCUGUGGGAUUGAUUGCUUCAAGGAAAAAUGUGUAUUUAAAUGACUCGUUCUUUUUGUAUGAUUCCACAUUCAAACAUGUCGCCACAAAUAGAGGUUGACUUAAUUGUUUUAUAAAGAUCCAUUGAUUGUGCAUAUUGUACUGUGGUUUGGAAUAACAAAAAGGAUAAAGACUGAGAAUUGUACCUAGUAAUUCACAUUCUAAGAACUGGAAAGCUGAUGCUUUUGCUGAGAACAGAUCUUUCUGGCUUUUGAAAUUUGAUAUUGGAAACAAUUUAUCUUGUGCAUUUUCUGUUUGUUUGAUAACUUAUAUGCAAACCAGGUUGGGAGUCGAGGUUUAUUCACACUCUGCUUGUGAUUUGUACAAGUGUGCAUGUUUUAUAACUGGGAGCCUUCAAUCAUUUAAUUUAAAAGUCGAUUUUAAAACCAUUGUCUAUAGAGUUGUUUCAGUUAUUUCCUGUGUACACAUGAAUAAGAACGAUGCAGAUCAUUUUGUAUGUUUAAUGACAAUAGGGCAAAUUGUUUAUUAUAAUAUGUUUAUUUUGAAAAGGUUUAUUUGUUACAAAUUCUUUUGGAUAAAAUUUACGCUACUAUGAUAGUACAGUGUUCAUUGAAGUGUGUUGUCACUGUCUGUCAGAUUAUAUAAGACGAUGUUCACGGCGUCACUUUUCGCCCGAUUCUGUUACUUUUAGUUCGCGUGACUCAGCAGCCCACGGAGCUCCCCGGCUCGGGGUCACGAGGUUAAUGAGUCCUGAAACGAAUUUGCCGGUGUCGGUUAGGAAGUUCGCAUUUUUUUACUAUGUUUAAAACGAUAUAACUUCUUCCCCAUCCCACAUA